CGGUCAACACCGCACUCGUAAACAGAAACCCCAUUAGCCUUCGAGAAUAAAUGUCUCUUUGUUUCGCAGCUUCUAUCCGCACACUCUCCUCUUAUUCACUGCGUAACUACAAUAGACUUGAACCACAGCGAGGUAGAGGAGUUGGUUCUGUUGGGUUGAGAGGGGGAUUAGCGUUCGAUCGCAGAAAAUUGGGCAUUGAUCGAAGGCAAUUGAGAGGUGAACUGAAGGCGUCGUUGUCGAUGGCAGAUUCGGUUGGGGAGAAGAAUAAGAAGAAGGUCGAGGUGUUCGAUGCGGAGGAGGAUCUGGCGGUGUCGCUGGCCAAGUACACGGCGGAUCUGUCUGAAAAGUUUGCCAAAGAAAGAGGGUCUUUCACUGUUGUUUUGUCCGGUGGUUCUCUUAUCAAGUCUCUCAGGAAAUUAUUGGAACCACCGUAUGUUGAUUCCAUUGAUUGGUCGAAAUGGCACGUUUUCUGGGUGGAUGAGAGGGUUGUGCCGAAGGAUCAUGAUGAUAGUAACUAUAAACUAGCAUUUGAUGGGUUUCUCUGUCGGGUACCAAUUCUCCCUGGUCAUGUUUAUGCAAUCAAUGAUGCCUUGUCAGCUGAGGGUGCGGCCGACGAUUACGAGACCUGUCUCAAACAUUUAGUUCAUAGCAAGAUUGUAGACUCGGCGGCUAGUGGAUUUCCAAAGUUCGAUCUGAUGCUUCUGGGUAUGGGCCCAGAUGGACAUGUGGCUUCUUUAUUCCCAGGGCAUCCUCUCGUCAACGAGAAAGAGAAAUGGGUCACAUUCAUCAAGGACUCGCCAAAACCGCCCCCGGAGAGGAUUACCUUCACGUUUCCUGUGAUUAACUCCUCCGCACAUAUCGCACUAGUUGUGGCUGGUGCUGGUAAAGCUAAUGCAGUGUACAAAGCUCUCGGUGAGAAUCAGAAUCCCAAUGAGCUGCCUGUCCAAAGGGUUUCACCAGAAGAGUUGACUUGGUUUUUGGACAAGGGUGCAGCUUCAAAGCUGUAGGAGCAGAAAUGCAUUUGCUGUCGGAGUUAAUCCAUAUAUAAGAUACCGUCUGUAUCCAUAUAUCUGUCUCUUGUUCUGUUUUGAGCAUGUUGUUUGGAGCGUGGUUGUGAUUUAAACAAUUGCUGUUGAUGUUGGCUUGGUUUCAAUAGUUGUGUGUGUUAAAUGAGUAAGGUAUCAAGGUCCUUCGAUCCUUCCAAUGAGA